AUGAAGUUUCUUGACAAUCAACACUUCAGCCACCAACACAUCCUGAAUGCCUUCAAACUAGAUAUAGGUAAGAAAAUUGAUUGCAAUGCAUGUGAAAACCCUAUAACUGAGCCAUUUCAUGGCUGCUAUUCAUGCAAUUACUAUAUUCACGAUCAAUGCCUUAAUAUUCCUCGAUCUCUUCAACACGCUUCUCAUCCUGCUCACCCUUUGACCCUCCUCCCAAAUCCUACCUAUUCAAGUAAAUCAUUUUCGUGCAAUGCGUGUGGAUCACAAGGCAGUGCCUUUAGUUUCAGUUGCGCACACUGUGAAUAUGAUCUCCAUAUUCACUGUGCCAAAUUGCCUGCCAAGAUACUUAUUGACAAGCACCCGCAUGAACUCAAUCUCUUAUUUGUUUCCCCUUACAAAGAUCAGAAUGUUGCCUUCGUGUGUGAUGAGUGUCAUGGCAUUGCAAACAGAGAUAAUUGGGUGUAUUAUUGCGCUCAUUGUGAUUUUGGGAUGCAUUCAAAUUGCACGACUGGUAACGUGACUGGAAAAGAUGCAGCAAGUAGUUCACAAAGCGGUCAUGAACAUUUGAUGGACUCAGUCACUCGCCAAGUUGAGGACAUUCAGGCAUUCAAUGAAGCCCAAGAAAGGUUAGCGGCUGCUACUCUUGAAGCUAAGAUGAAUGCCCGAGGGAGGAAGGCUAUCCUCGACAUGAUCGACGACUCUGGAUACCGUCGAAAUCAUUAUUACUAUUGA